CCCACAGGGCCUGUUCCUCGUAUCUCUCCACACACUUUCCGCAAGACGCUUGAAUCGGUUACUAUAGAACUUGAUAACGAGCCUCCGAUGAGCUCCAUCGAAAGCUUCCCAUCUCCGCGAAAAGACAAGGGAAAGCAACGACACUCUGAGGCUGACGAACUGCAGAGUUCAAGCGACGAGGAGCUUGUCCCUGGCGUCACAGACGCGAAACUGAGAGCUAGAGGGAAGGUACUUUAUGAGGAGGCUCUACGGAAGAAGGAGCUUCUCCAAGUUACCGAUAAACCACCCAAGAAGACUCUCGAUGACCUUGCACGAUCACGAGUGCCUCUGACGAUGACAACUCGCGAGGGAGAGUUAGAGGUCGUGCAGCAGAUGGAAGACGCGUAUGUUGACCUCAGCGGGGGAAAUAGCACGACUAUCGACACUUUCACGCAAAGUGGGCCACAAGACAAAGAAGCUCAACGUAUCCUUCUUCGUGAGGAGGACGAGGAAUGUACGCAGGAGGCCUUG